AUGAAGAAGGGCAAAUCGAAGACAAAAAAAAAGCUUCCCAAGGGUCAGGAGAGAUACAUACCAACGCAGGAAGAAGUGGAAAAAAGAAAUGCAGAAAUUACGAGGAAGCAACAGAAGGAGGAACCCGAGAAAACCUCAGAAGUGGGGUCCGUGGGAGGUGGCUCAAUGUGCGGGAGCGACUCUCAAGCACAUAGCUCAGAAAAUGAAAAGAAGACCCCAAAGAAGAAGGUCAGAAUAGUGGUAGACGAAAAGGUAAAGGAAAAAGAAUCCAAAAAGGAGAAAGAGGAAAAGAAACCACAGAAGGAUAAAGAGGACCCCCCCAA